UAUGCUGUAAACAGCGAGGAAGGUGGGUCGCCGCGGCGCGCGCGUGGCUCGGCGUCCGUCCCACCGAUUUGUCGCGCGCUCCUUUUCCUACUCUUCCCCUGCCUGCGUCGCCUCCUAAGAUUUUCUCGUUUCCCCUGAGUUCCGGAGCCCCCAUUUCUCCUGGCGGCGGUGAAUGUUAGGGGAGUGAGCUGAGCUGAUUAGGGAUCCGUGCCUCGCCCCCACCUCUCCUCCCCUCCUGUCCCUCCCGCGUGCAAAGCGAGAAGCUCCUUCCGGGUUAGCCAGAAUUGCCCCCCUCGCAAUCCUCGCCCCAACAUAACACGACGCGGGAGGCGGCAGCAGCCAGACACCCGGAGCGGGGAGGAGGAGCAGGAGCAGGAGCGGCGGCGUCUCCCUCCUGGCCGCGGGAGGAUGGGAGCGAGCAGCCGAGCCCAGCCGAGAGGUGGCACCACCAGCCUCAGCCAGACGAGAGGCUGUGGCGCCGCCUGAGUGUCCAGGCGGGCAGGCAGGGCGAAAGGCGGCGGCUCGCGGCGACGAGGAGCGAGGCAGCGGGCAUGGAGCGGCAGUGCUCCGGCACAGCCGGGAAGCCCAGCGCGGGCAGCCGGACGGCCCCGGACGGCGCGCGGGGCGCGGGGCCGUCGUCUCCGUCGUCGGUGGGCGCCCUGCAGCGCGGGGGCAGCCAGAGCGCCGAGCCGGACGAGCUGAUCCGCAGGGCUCUGGAUUUCAAGAGCCAAGGCGCGCAGUGCUACAAGGAGAAGAAAUUCCGCGAAGCCAUCGGCAAGUACCACCGCGCGCUGCUGGAGCUCAAGGGGCUGCUGCUGGCCCAGGAGGAGGAGGACGACGACGGGGACGGAGACGCCGCCAGUCCCGCCGCCGCCGCCGCCGCGCCCUCCUCCUCCUCCUACUCCGGCGGCGGCGGCUUGGGCAGAAGCCUCACGGGCGAGCAGAGCCAGCUGCUGGAGAGCAUCGAGAUCGACUGUUACAACAGCUUGGCAGCCUGCCUCCUUCAAGCUGAGCUGGUGAAUUACGAGAGAGUCAAGGAGUAUUGCCUGAAAGUACUGAAGAAGGAAGGAGAGAACUUCAAGGCACUCUAUCGGUCAGGCGUAGCGUUCUACCACCUGGGAGACUACAACAAGGCACUUUACUACUUGAAAGAAGCAAGGUCCCGACAGCCAACAGAUACCAACGUUGUGCGGUACAUCCAGUUGACAGAGAUGAAGCUUAGCAGAUGUUCCCAGAGGGAAAAAGAAGCUUUGUGAGAAGGCGUCGGACUGCAUGAGAGGAUGUUUCCUCCCCUGAAUGCCCCUCAGGUGGACUUUUCCUCUCUCAUGGCUCCACCUUAGCUGACAGUCUCUUCCCACCGACUUCCUGCUUUGCUUUUGAUCCCAGCUGGAGUGGGGUGGGGUGG